AUGACAGUUGCUCUCAACCCCCGCAUCCGCGUUCGCGAGGCCGUGCCCGCCGACGCCGAGGCCAUCACGAAUACCUUGUUUGAUGGCUUUUCUGUCGACGCAAUGAACCAGCUUAUGUACCCCAACGGUGUAUCGGAUGAGUCGAGAAGCAAGUUCGCUGCCCUACUCUUCUCGCCCAUUCCUCCCAGCGAGGGAGAGAAGCUCAUGAUGGUGGCAGAGUUGCUGCCAGAGGGUUCUGAUGGUCCUGGCGAGAUUGUUGCCUUUUCCGGCUGGCGCCUGUUCCGGAAUCCGCGUGCCGAGGAAGAGUGGAAUGUCAAGGAGGAACCAAAGACACAGGAGCAGCUGGGAGAAGGCUGCGAUGUGCGGGUCUUCAACGAGUUUAUCGGCGGAUUGCACAGGAAGCGGCGAGAGCACAUGAAGGGUGACCCUGGGCUUGUUCUUGGGACUCUUGUCUGUCAGACGAAUCGCCAAAGGCUGGGGGCCGGAAAGGCCCUCCUACACUGGGGUACCACCCUGGCUGACGAACUGGGACUGCCACUGUUUCUCGAGUCAUCACCCUUUGGUUACAAUCUGUACAAACAAUUCGGUUUCGAGCCCAUCGAUGUCCUCGAUAUCCCUAUAUUCGAUUUGUUCGGCGCCGUCAAGCGCGAAGGGACGCUUUUAACGCUGUCGGCAGUGGACUUCGCUACCGCAUUUUGCUGCCUCACCACACCCAUUCCGUACUCGUAUACUACCGAAUUCAUCAAGCUGAAAUUGAUUGACGUCCCUGCAGCCCUGUCUAUCGUCUUUCGCUACCAGUCCUCUUGGUGCUGGACUCUCUGUCCCUUCUUUGCCAUUGACUUCAAACUCUCUUCCUUGGGCGUCUUGAAUCCAUCCUUGUUCAUCGACCGAAUACCAGUCAAGAUGGCCGAUUCUUCGCAUGCCCACUCCCAGCAGCAGUCACCAGCCAAUGCCGGCAGUGACUCUCAGGACACCGACAAUCAGGGGCACGUCUACCCACCACCUCAACCGCUACCACAGCCGGGUACGGUUGGCAAUGCCACACAACUCACGCAAGCCUUUUAUUAUCAACCACAACAACAUGACCCAGGAUUCGACCCUGCCACUGUUAUCUCGCAACAGCAGUAUUACUAUGCACAACAGGCGAGCCCAGCGGGCAACCCGUCGGUGGACAAUCAGCAAGCCUACUAUGCACCGCAACUACUACAGCAGCCUGGUUGGACGGCCGAUCCCACUGCAAUCAACGCCCAGCUCUACUGGCAACAACAAUUAUCGACUCCUAAUCUCGCCGCCUAUUCCCAGUACACUCCCGCCUACGACCAAUACCCGGCGCCCGACUCAAUUCAAGAGGUGCAAAGCCCAGAUCUGCACCCCAAGCAACAGCCCCUUCUUAUGUCAGAGGAUGUCACUCCCCGGCAAAUGCCUUCGCCGCAGGCGGAUCCCCAGCCAGGCGUGAAGAAGGACGUGAAGAAGUGGAAACGAUUCUGGCCUUGGUCCAAGGAUCAUAUGCAAAAGUUCGAAGACAACCUUAAAGACAAGUUCAGCGGCAAAUCAGGGUACAGGGGUUUCCGCCGUAUCUAUCUACCCACUCAACGGGUGAAUAGCCAGGGCAAUGACAGCAAUGACGGGCUUAGCGGCGAUAGCAAGGUCGUGUAUCGUACUGGAACCGCCGAGGCUGAGGAUUAUGAUGACCUUGGAAAGGUACACAAGGUCGAUGGCAAGCUCACCUACGUCAACCAGUUUCACCAACGUACCCGCAAGUUCCUGGAUGUGGCCGUUUACCUCAGUCCAACCCGCUUCACUCCUCGAAGACUGAUAGUUCAGGCAACUGAUCAUGUCAUCAAGACCCGCUUGGACAGGGGCGACUGGAUCAGGACCAAGGUCAGGGGCAGCGUGCCCCUUGUCCUGGCAAUGUCUGAAUGGGCACUGUUUCCCUUCAAAACCCAAGGGUUCUGGGCCAAGACAAAGGGCACCUUCCGUCUAUUUGUUGUCGCCAUUCCUGUGCAAGUGUUUCUUGCCCUUCCUUUCCUCGGUAACUACGAUGACGACGACGAGGUGACCGACACCUAUACCGACUACCCCGGGUACUACUGGAAUUGGCCCAAGUACGCUGUCAACGAGUUGGACAUGUCUCCUGCUGCUCACGAAAAACGUAGUAAGGGCUACAAGUCAUCACUUAAUGUUACAAAGCGUGCUGCACGUCCCCGGUUGCUGUAUGCCAAAGUAAACGGCGAGUGGACAACUAUCAGGGGCGAUACCUUCGAAAACUCUACGCGGCGAUACAUAUUCAUCAGCUACAUGUGGGGUAUGUUCCCAAACGCAGAUGGUGCAGAGAAAGCUCAUAAUCUGGCGCGGAGGAUUGUUGAGCACGAGGGCUUUGACGCCUACUGGAUGGACCGUGAACUUGUCAAUAAGGAUUCGGCAGCCGAUACAGAUUACGAUGUCUACACACUUUGUGACACAGUCCGAGGAUCGUCUAAGGUGUGCCUCAUGAUGGACAAGGACGGAACGACACAACGUCUUGAAUGGGGCAGCCGCAUGUGGACGCUGAUGGAGGGUCUGCUCGCCCCCGGAGAUUACAUAACUUACUGCUUCCUGGACGCUGAGGGUCAACUUGUCACCAAAGACAUUGGAAAGGUUGAAAUGACAGCCUCUUUCUGGCGUGUACCCGACAGUGAAUAUACGGACAACAUGGAGGCUGUGCGCAUCCUGGCAGAGCACUAUGCCAACGUGCUGACACUUUCUCGCCUGGAGCUGCUUCCGGCGACGAUUACAGCGCUGAGUACCAAGAACCGCAAUGAGUUCACCGGCUCAGAUCUUGCCUACGCCGUCAUGGGCUUUCUUCACUACCGGAUUGAGCGCCAAGACGAGUGGACAACUGUGUUCCAGAACCUUGCUCGCCUCUCGCUUGGUAAUGAUAGUGAUGAGCUGGUGGAGAGGAUGCUUUGCUUACUUCCAAAGCCGUCAAACAAGGACGUCUUCGAGACUCUGUCUGAACGUGAUGAGUAUGGAACCUUCCUCCACCACAUCACACCGCAAUGCCAAGUGGUUGGUGUGGCGCACGAGGACGAGACUGUUAUCCUGGACUCUUGCCGUGCGAUCCACAUCCGAUGGAAGGACUUUCCCCGACCAACUGUUCAACGCGACGUGGGAUUUGGAAAGGUGCUCGCGGUAUUCUUCCUGGCGUUCGGCAUUUGGUGGUUAACGUUUGGUAUCCAAAUGUCACUGGCCUACAUCCCAUUCUUCGCCGGCUUUGUUAGCCUAACCGACGAAGAAACUGGCAGGUCAUAUGUCGGUUGGGUUAUUGCUGGCUUCCUCUUCGUGGGCCUGUUGCUCUCUGCCCCUUCACCAUUCUCGGUCAGACGGCUCUUUGGCGGUACCGUGCUGAAGAGCACCCCAAACUUGGUGGGAUUCGAAGGAGUCAUGCCUAUCGCGCAACUGGAAAAGAUCGUCUUCGGAAAUGCGGAGGGCCGACUUACGUAUGCGCCGUCCGCUACUCCGUUCAGCAGAGAAGAUCGGGAGAACUACGAGAGGCGAGGCAAGGAGCCUUCGUGGAUCGACAACCCAGACUCUGCCCUUGAUGAUCUCAAAGCCAAGAAGCUGUUGCCGUCAGACAGACACCAGCUCUUCACUCUUGUUGAUAUGGGCGAGCUUACGGUCACUAUCUUUGCUGCAGAGAGGCCACCGACUGUAGCUCUUCUGUGCGGCAAGGAAGGCGGCAUGCUUCGUGCUGUCCUUUGCAGCUGGCGAUUUGAGACGGAUUGCUUGUACAGGGAGACAGUGGUGAGGAUGCCCACGCGGGUCUGGGAGGUAGCCGAGCCCAAGGGCUGGUUGAAGCUGUGUCUACGAUCUCAAAACGAUUACAGACGCAGGGAGCCCCUCAAGAAACAGGAAAAGAUAGAUAGGGACAAGAAGCAAGAGGAGGCAAGGUUGAAAAAGGAGGCUGAGGAAGCAGCAAGGAAGGCGGCGGAGGAAGCAGCAAAGAAGAUGGCGUGA